AUGGAAACACCAAAUCACCUGAUUAUAGAGUUCAUGCUACAGCCUCUUGAAGGCAGACAUUAUCUUGCCCUGGUAUUGGCCAUGUCACAAGUCCAGAUAGAUGCAAUUCCUAAGGGUAAAUUUAAGCCAGCGAAGAUACAGUCGGGAGAUCCAACCUUUAUAACAUUUGACAUAGAAACAACAGACCUGAUUCGCAGCGGACAGAUGCCACAGAUUACACAAAUAGCUGCAUCGGAGGUCAAGUCUGGUUCAACAUUCAACCAGUAUGUAUUUCCUACUAGACCAGUUGCACUAGAUGCAAAGAGAAAAACAGGAAUUUGUGUAAACAGUGAAGGCUACAUGACUGUACACGGUGAACAUGGUAAUAAUGUUGACAUACAAAAAGCUGUGGAAAACUUCUGUGGUUGGCUUAACAAAUUCCCUAAUGCAGUACUUAUUGCACAUAAUGGACGCCGAUUUGACCUCCCAGUUUUGCUGUCAUGUUUACUAGCUAUUGACAAGACAAAUGAGUUCUUUAAAUGUUGUGUUUCUAUGAUAGAUUCUUUAACCAAUUUUAGAAAAUUAUACCCAAAGCUUUCACAUAAACAAGAAGAUCUGGUGUCAAAACUUCUUGGAAUCAGCUAUGAUGCUCACAAUGCAACGGCAGAUGUGGAGUCACUGAAAAAGUUUGUGCAGCGUACAGGAAUGUCUUCUACAGAACUUCUUCAACACAACUAUUCCCCUGUUGAUGUUCACAACUCUGUAAUUUUCAAUCCUGAAAAGGCAAAAUAUCUACCAUCUUUAACACAUCUUGUUUCACUUAGAAUUUGUAAACUGACAACUGCAGAGAACAUUGCAGGUUGUCUCAUUGCAAAUAAAAAUGAAAUUGCUGUCAUUGCUUUAUCUGGCGAGGUUGUGCCGAGUGCUUUCACCCUAACUACAAACCUGAGCCGGCACAGUGGUAUUGUGCUAGACUUGAACCUGUUCUCAGCAUUCCCAGUUGCAAUUCUUAUCAUUUUUUCAGACAGAAGUCUUAACACCUGA